CAUUACUGUAUUUUUGAACUCCUGCUAACGUCAUUGACACCCACCUACAGUCCACUAGAAAUAUAAGUGCAGAGAUCAGUUUGUUCACAGAUUACAAGGAGACUAACCAAGAAGGGGCAAGCCAGAGCCAAAUUCACUGAUAGUCUGUUCAUCUCUUCAGCAUGUGGAAAGUGGUGCUGCUGGGUCUAUAUACGGUAGUGGCUGUGAGAGGACUGGUAAAGGGUGCUCCUUUCCAACCAGAAGAAAAAUGGAAACCUCUAGAUAACCCUAGAAACAGAGACCUGUUUUUCAGAACACUCCAGGCUUACUUUUCAAGCAGGGGUCUUGAUGUCAGGAAGCUCCCAGCCACUUUCACCGUGAACAAUGAAGGACCAAGGCCUGUCAUGCUCUACUCGGAUCCUGUUGCUUCUGCAUUUGCAGAUUAUGAAGAAAGGAAAAAUUCUUUCCCAAAUUAUUUCAAAGGCUGACCAAGGUAAACGAUGCUGCUUUUUCCUCUAAUGUUGUUACAUGUAACCAAGCAAAAGAUUUGGAUUCAAGUGAUUUUCACUUCUGUCUGAAGUAUAAAAACAGCUUAAUUUUCAGAAGAAAUUAAAAGUGUAGCAACUCUUGCCUGAAUUGGGUUUAAAAUAGUUGAGAGAUUUAUGAGGUAUGUACUACUUUGGCAGAAUAACACAUGGUUCUCAUGCAGACCUAUAUAGACCACUUUUUCGUUGUUUUCUAUUCCUCCUCCUUUUCAUGUGGAGAAGAAUUCUGAAAAUGUACAGGUAAUAGAAUGCAGCAUUUUGGUAACUGAUAAAAAUUAUCAAUUGAGAAAUAAAUUAUAACUUGAGACUAAUGGUUUCCCAUGAUAUUAUUAAGACAAUUAAUCUAGACAUAAGAUGCUGCAUUAACAAAUCAUACAUUACCUUUUAUAACUUUGCCCACUCAUGUCGUUUUGCUUAUUUCUAUGACUAAAAUUGAAGGUUGAUAUUAUCCUGAAU